AUAAAAACGACCUGUUUUUCGUUGCGGGCUCAGUUUGUUAAGCGAGAAUGUUCCAGGCGAGUUUGUGCUUUCUUUGUUUGCUGAUUGUCGAGGGCUUACGUUUUGGACUCGACAAGUACAAGAUUUCCCUUGUGUCCUUUGAUCAGUCAAAUAAAACUGGUGUAUGGGAUGUCAGCUCUAUGCGUUUGAUCGGAAGGGAACGGUUGUUGAACGGAACCGCAACACUACACGAGGACUUGGAUGAUACGCACUGGAGUUUUUUGACAGAACUCUAUUCUGAUUUCGCCCGCGAUGGCCACUACAAGCCGCUGCCCUUCAACACGCCCCAGUCGUCUGUAUGUGAGGCGUACAAAAACUACCGAAAGUACUUCUCGAAACAAGCUAAGUUCGGAAAGCAAACCGAUUUUCCAUUGGAUAGGGAUCUCUGUCCCAUUCCGAAGGGCACUUACUUUUUCAAAGAUAUUGCUCUGAACGCCAACGAUUUUCCAACGACGAUGCAGAGGGGCUAUGUCCGGGGCAAUGGAUCCUUCUUCUACGACAACGUUCACGUGGGAACCUACACCUGGACCUUGCUUCUGGAGGAUGAGGAUUGAGUGGCAAAAUAUUAUGUCUGGCAUAAAGUUAUCGCAUUAAUUUAGAAAAUAACAUGACUUUUAUCUCUGCUAUCCAGGGGAAUGGUCUUUUAUUAAAAUGUUUACCUAAAAUUAAUAAGACUAUUCUCUUAGUUGUAUAGCUUUUUAACUGAAACUCUUAAAAUCUUCUUUUUAUUGUAAGCCGGAACGGUCCAGACUUGACUAAUUUAUCAUAUCAUAAAUUGUAAUUUUGCUUUUUAUAUCAUGUACGCAUACAGCAAAAAACUUUUUAAGCUUUCAAUAAUUCGGUUUUAAUAUAAUCAGCAUCAUUGUGUCCUUCGGUCAGAUGAAUCAAACUGGAGUAUGGGAUGUCAGCACGUUGCGAUUG